AUAUUGUUCCUGCACUUCGUCACUCUCCGCCAGGCAAAUCGCAAUAUCUUGCUUGAGGAAGACAGAGUGAAAACCGAAACGGAGCGUGCCAAGGCUCCCGUGGAUUUCACAUCGCUGCAGCUUCACAACCUUAUGUACGAGAAAAGCCACUACGUGAAGGCAAUCAAGGCUUGCAAAGACUUCAAGUCCAAAUAUCCCGACAUUGACCUCGUUCCCGUGGAGGAGUUUUUCCGCGACGCUCCACAGGAUAUCAAGGACUCCGUUUUGCAAAAUUAA